AAUUUCGCAAUAAAAACACGUUGUUUUUGUAAACUAUGGCCAUAUAGGUGAUCUUAAUGUAAUGUAGCUUGCUAACCGGUUACCAGCUUCUUCGAUUAACGUUAAACGUCGAAUCCAACCGAUCACAGAUCAGUUUCACUCCUCAGUACUGUUGUUAUCACAAACACGCGGAGGAAUGCCUGUCAGCGAAUAUCAUUUACAUUGUUUCACUAGCAGAAGACUACUCAUCAGCACACAGUCUGUCAGCUGUAGCCAAAGUAUAUAUACAUUAAGCCAUAAUCAGAGAGAUGGAUCACAUCCAGGAGAUCUCAGAACCCGGUAGUCCUCUGUACAGUCCCCGGAUGGAGCCCGACACUCCGGACUCCCUGAAUAAUGCCUGUCUAUUAAAUGACAGUGACCUCCUGUUUGAAGACCGUGGACACUCAAAUGAAUUCUCCACUUUUGUUCCCGAGACCCCAAGCCCCCUGACUCACAGAAGAAAACAACAUUCCAAGAAAGAUGACAACAGAAAUGUGGCAACAUCAUCCUGUUCAGAUGGAAGCAAAUGGGAAGGACGAGAACACGUUCUAGGAUACCUCAGCACCACUCCAAGCUCCCAGAGAACGAUGAAGCGGCGCAGGCUGGAGGACUCAAAUGCAAGCACGCUACGUGGACACUCUGCAGUUACACCGGGAGCAAACAGAUUUGUAACGGCCUCGUCUCUUUUAUCCUCCAAUUUUACAUGGUUGGAGUCUCCACGUCCAGCAACCUCCUAUGCUUCUCGUGUUUCUGCAUCUUCCAAGCCCUCGUCCUCAGCUGGGUCUUCCACGUGUGCACUGGAUCAAAGUAGUGAUCCGGCAUAUUUAAAUGAGCUGCUAGUGAUGGGUCACACCUCUAAGCAAAAGACACUGAACACCAGCAAUGGAAGGGAACAGAGGUCCAAAAAGACCAUCUAUAGCAAGACCAGAUCUAAAGCCUCUAAAAGUACAUCAGCACACUCUCCUUUAAACGCAAUAGAGUAUGAAGCUUCACUGCUGGAUGCAGCAAAGAGAAUGCAAGAACCAGUACGUUCACCUGUAUGUCAGAUACCAGAAAACAUUGUCAUCAUUGAGGAUGAUGCUGAUGAUGUCGCGGUUGAGAGCAUGGUCCGCUCCGUUCAUAUGGCUGAGGAUGAAGCGUAUGCCAGAAGCCUUCAGGAACAGUUUGAUUUGGAGGAGCGAAUGGAGCAGCAGAGGCUACAGAGCAGAUCGUCAAACAGAGACAACCACAUGGUUGAUCCGUAUGUUGGCUUGGGCUGGAUCUCUCCUUGGGCCUCAAUGAUCACCUCUGCAUCAUUCUCACACGGAUCCUCUGAGCUUUCAGAGCUGCAGCAGGUCAUCUUUGGAGAGCAACCCCGCAGACAACAGGGCCGCCGUCAAACCGACAGAACUCGCAAUUCCCGGCGCAGACAAGCUUCUCGCUUGCAGAUGAACUUGUUUGAUGACAGUCAGGGAAAUAAUUAUGAGGCUCUCUUAGCGUUCGAGGAGCAACAAGGUGCUGUAGUAGCCAAGAACACUCUGACAAAGGCCGAGAUCGAACGGCUGCCCGUGAAAACAUACGAUCCCGCACACAGCGCAGGAAAGACAGAUUGCCAGAUCUGUUUCAGUGAGUACAAGGCGGGUGAACGACUCCGGAUUCUUCCAUGUCUCCAUGAUUACCACGUCAAAUGCAUCGACCGCUGGCUAAAGGAGAACGCCACAUGUCCAAUCUGCAGAGCGGAUGUAUCAGAGUGUGGUGGUUUUUCUUGAGCUCACAACUUCAGGACUCAGAAUCUACCUCACAGCUGGUCAUUUGACCCUGUUAGAUUUUUUAAACAGUCUUAUUUUGAGUGUUAUUAAAUGAUUUUACAUGCAAAAUAUCGUCCAAGGUUGGAACCAGCAUAAAGCACUGCCAAGCACUGUUUUAUUUAGAAAGAUCCUUCUAAAAUAUAUCAGACAUGACUGUAUCACACCAGUGGCAAC